CGCGAAUGGGCAAAGACAUGACAAACUCUGAUCAAAAUGGAUAUUCGUAAGUAUUUUGGAGCUGUUCCUUCAAGUUCAUCCACUAAGUCUAAACCAAGCAGUUCAUCCAAUAAGAAACAGCCAAAUGGAACCGGAGGGAAAAGAAAGAGACGUUUAGAUGAUGACGAGGAAGAUUUCCAAGAUGGAGGAAAGAGAGGAAAGACUUCCAGCAGUAAACCGGCGAAGAUGAAGAAAACUGCCGUCAUUUAUGAUUCAGAUUCAGAUGAGGAGACUUUCCCGAAGAAGAGAAAAGUCCCAGCCUCUAAAUCACCCAUCAGCGUUUCCACGAAGUCAUCAUCAACCAAGUCCAAGAAAGUCUUGAGCCCCUCCCCCGUCAAGAAAAAGGUCACAACUGUAUCAGACUUCUUUGGCGCCAGUCCCAUCCAGAGAUCUUCCAAAGUCACUCCUAAGAAACCACGUCUGGGCUCGGAGCAACAUGAAGAUGUGGACUUCAAACAAACGCUGGAACAGUUGGAUCAGGAACAUAAAACACCUACCAAGUCUCUGCGGACCGAUAGUGUUAAAUCAACUGAUAAUUCCUCACCAUGUCGAAGAAGCCCAAGAAUCUAUAAAAUGGACGUCAGCCCGGCAAUGAAAAAAGGUAAAGGUUUGGCGAGCAAAGUUGCAGAGAAAGUACGAGCUAAUUCCACAAUCCUAGUAGAAAAUACUCCAGAAAGAGGUCAAGGUGAAAGGUCAAGUUCCAGGUCAAAGGUCACUGUGGUGGAAGAAACACCUGUAAGUGUAAGACAAACAUCGAAACAUCGCAAAUCAUCAGAUGCCACACCUACAAAGGAGAAAGCCACGCCUACAAAAGCCACGCCUACAAAAUCCACGCCUACAAAAGCCACUGCUAUAAAGGUCACACCUUCAAAAGCCAUGCCUUUAAAAGCUACACAAAUUGAAGCAGCAGUAUCUGCAAAAACACCAACUAAAGCUACACCAACAAAGGCCACGCCUACAAAGGGCGUGCCUACAAAUGCCACGCCUACAAAUGCCAGGUCUUCAAGGGCCACACCUACUAAGACACCAAGUGUGACAGGCAGCAAAGAAGUCGAGACACCUGACCAAGACUCAGCAUCAAAGAAGAAAGGAGGCGGGGCAAAUUACAGGAGAUAUUUAAGCCGUGAUGGACCAAGAUCACUUGGUGCUAAGGAAAUGCCUGAGGGUGAGGAGGGCUGUUUAGCUGGAUUGACUUUCGUUAUGACUGGAGUUCUGGACUAUGUAGAGAAAGAUGAAGCCAAAGAAGGGAUAGAACGAAUGGGAGGUAAAGUUACCACAACAGUGUCAAAGAAAACAUCUUAUCUCAUUACUGGACGCGAUCCUGGACCUGCAAAGAUACAAAAGGCUGAAUCACAUGGCACUAAGAUUCUCACCGAAGAUGAAUUUUUUUAUUUCAUCCGAUCAAGACCAGGAAAGAAAUCAUCAACAAUCAAGAAGGAAGAAAUGGCUCAAAAAGAGAAGCCUCGAGCAGUCAAGCAACCUUCUCCAGUUCCAACCCAGUCUCCCAAACCAUCAACAUCGCACCAACUACCCAGUACAUCAUCCCAACCUAAAAGUCAACCUACUCAAGCAGCUGACCAAUCAGGAGAGAGCUUACUGUGGGUCGACAAAUAUAAACCACAUACUAUGAAGCAGUUGAUUGGCCAGCAAGGAGAUCGGAGUUGUGCAAAUAAACUCUUAAAGUGGCUUAAACGCUGGCAUGACAACAACGCUGGACCCAGCAAAGAGAGAGCUCGAUUCAAUAAAGACGAUGGUUUCUGCUUCAAGGCUGCCUUGCUAUCUGGACCUCCUGGUAUUGGUAAAACAACAACAGCUGAGUUAGUAUGCAAGGAGUUGGGUUAUGAGACAUUAGAACUCAACGCCAGCUCGUCACGAAGUAAGAAAACACUAGAUGUCAUCAUGAAGGAAUUCUUACACACUGACUCAAUCCAAGGCUACUUAAAGGUCAAAGGUGAUCAGAGCAAAGGGUCAGAGGUUAAAGUUCAUCGUCAGUGCCUUUUGAUGGAUGAGGUCGAUGGGAUGUCUGGGAAUGAGGACCGGGGCGGAGUUCAGGAGUUUAUCCAGAUGAUCAAGAAAUCUCACAUCCCUGUGAUCUGUAUGUGCAAUGAUCGUAAUCAUCCUAAGAUUAGAUCAUUAGCGAAUCAUUGCUUUGAUCUUCGAUUCUAUCGACCUCAGGUCAAACAGAUUAAGGGUGCGAUGUUAUCCAUUGCAUUCAAGGAAGGUGUAACAAUCCCACCGUUAGCCAUGGAGCAUAUCAUCACGGCAUCAAAUCAAGAUAUCAGACAGGUUCUUCAUAAUAUGAGUAUGUGGAGCGCUGGAAUGAAGAAACUCAGCCAAGACCAGGUGGAUUCUGAUGCUCAGAAGGCCAAGAAAGAUCUCAAACUGGGUCCAUGGGAUGUAUUGCGGCAAGUGUUUGCUUGCGGGGAGGAAGCGGAGAAGAUGUCUCUGAUCGAUAAGAUGGGAUUAUUCUUCCACGAUUAUUCCAUCGCGCCUCUCUUUGUCCAAGAAAACUACUUGGCUGUCCGACCCAAGAAAGCCAAAGGAGAUCUCAAGAAGCAUCUUGAUCUGAUAAGCAAAGCUGCAGACAGUAUGUGUCAAGGGGAUCUUGUGGAUAGAGCAAUCCGUACUACCCAACGAUGGAGUCUGUUACCAACACAGGCGAUCUUCGCCAGCGUCGUUCCUGGUGCGAUUAUGAAAGGCUACCUGAAGGAGAUGAUUACAUUCCCAAGCUGGUUGGGAAAGAAUUCAACGAGAAACAAGAACCAAAGAUUACUGCAAGAAAUCCAGCAACAUAUGAGACUGUCUGCAGCAGCCAGCAUCAAAGAUGUCAACUUUGACUACAUCCCACGCUUACGGGAUUUUCUAACGCAACCUCUGUUGACUCGGGAAUCAGAAGGCGUGUCAGAGGUCGUUGAGUUGCUCAAUAGCUACGAUCUUACAAGAGAGGAUUUUGAUACUGUGCUGGAAGUGAGUCAGUUUGAAGGAAGGACGAAACCAAUGGCAGCUGUACCACCAAAGGUCAAAGCGGCUUUCACAAGAGCAUUCAACAAAGAAGGACACAUGAUGCCAUAUGCAUUUGGUGAUGUCGGCAAGAAACGUAAAGGUGCUGUUGCUAUGGAGGAUGGGGAUGGCUAUGGUGAUGAGGAGGGGGCGGAGCCUGCUGUGGGGGAGGAAGAGGAUAGUGAUGAUGACAUCAGUAAGAAUGCUAUGAUCAAGGUUAAGAAAACCAAAGGUGAAUCAAGCAGUACAACCAGUGGGGUCAAAGGUAAAUGUUCAAAGGGCAAAGCAGCAGCCAAAGGACGAGGGACUGCAAAGGGAAAAUCAAAAGCCAAAUAGUUGACGUUAAUCUAGAAACAAGACUAUCUGUCAGGCUUAAGAAGGAGGAAGUUUUGAUAACAAAACUGGGAAGCUGCCCAGUGAUGAUGUUUUUAAACAUUGGGUGCGUUCGUUUAGCUUCCCUGGGUUGACCCGGUCUGCCCCGGUACGUUUG